GCAUUGGGUUAAAACGAGGGCAAUUUUAUGAGAUUUGUGAAACUGCAGCAAGUAUAUGGCAAGAUUUAGAUGAAAUAAAUGACGAUGAUUUGUUAAUUGAAGAAAUUAUCGAUCUUUCAAACCCGGCUUUUAUUGGUAAUAAUGAUUCAUUUAUUGAAGAACAAAGCAAGGUCUCAAAUAAUAUAGCUCGAUGGUCAGCUUCGGGAAACCAUGAUUAUAAUCCAGCAAGAUUAUAUUUUAAUAGAAAAUCUGCUAAAUGGACUAUUAUUAAAUUUUUAAAUGAAUGCGAAGAGGAAACAUUUAGAAAGAAAAUAGAUUCAUAUCUUAAGUUACUUCAAAACAUUGUUGACUUAGACCCUGAAAGAAAAAGGAAAGAAAGGGCACGCGAACUUCUUGACGCGUACAAGGAGGCAAAAUGGGAGAAGGAGCAUAAAACUGUCAGUAGACCUUCAAUCCACUUCCACCAAAUUACAGAUAGUUCGGUAGUUAGGAUCAAUAGUGGAUCUCUCUACGUUAAUAGAUCAAAAAGAAACCACGAAAAGGAUGAUUUUAAAAACCCGAUCGAGCAAAUUACAAAAAAAGAAUGUCAAACUAAGAGCGGAAGGAAAAUUCCGAACUAUCAUGAACUAACCUCCAGUUCAUCUGAAGGAGAUGAUAAUGCAAGUUUCGAUUAUGAACAGCCGAUCAUUGAAAAAAAAACAUCAGCAAUCCAUUCAACAAAAAGGGUCAAAUCAAGUGGUCAAACUGAAUCCGAAAAAUAUCAAGUUCUUGAUGAUUCCGAAACCUUCUUUAAUGAAGAUUACACUGAUGAUGAGUUUAAUACUUCACCCAUUGAGGCUGAUUUGAAGAAAUUCAAAGAAACUUACUUAACCAUGGACCCUGAUUAUAUGUGGACACUGAAAACUGGUCGCAAAGUGGAAACAGUCAUUUAUGAAUUUGCUAAAAGCUUACACAGAGAGUCAUAUCUUCAUUCUUUUAUAAUCAAUGAUGCCGAUGUCGAAACAAAAUCAUUAUUUUUACCCGAAGAAUGGAAAGAAAUUAAAAAUCUCGAAGUUAUAGAUAGACCGAAACUUGACCCUUGUCACAAGGAGUUGUUAAGAAAAUACACUGUUAAUGAUAUUAAAAAAUUAAGAUCACUUCUUUUUGAAUUAUUUAUACCUGAUGGUAAAGAAUAUAAUCGGAAUAUUCACUUCUGUCUUGAUUAUAUAAAUAAUGCAUAUCGUGGAAUUUUACGUUUAUGGGAAAUGGAUGAAAAUCCUUUUGACUCCUUAAAGCUAGAAGGAUGGUUCGAAAUGAACGUCUGGGGCCGACUUAUAGAUCCCGCAUUCGAUAAUUUAAAUAUUGACUUAAUUCGUGGAGAUGGAAUGAGCUUCGCUUCUAGUGAAAGAAAGAACAUUCAAAGAAAAAUUAAUGAUCACAAAAAAUUUGGCAGAAAAGGUGAUGGUGUAUUUAGAUUACACAAAGGUCGUUUAGAAUUCGGUGCAAUUGAAGCUGGCAGGAAUUGGGAAGAGAUAAAUGGUACGAAAUAUAUGUCCGAUUCACUUAAAAUAUCUAAGAUGUUAAAGGAUAUGCUAGAUAAAUUAAUUAGAGAAUAUCAUCCUGAAGGAUACAUCACUCGAAUUAAUCGUAAUAAUGUUCAAGAAGUUGCCGAGGUUUUAUAUGCACGAUCUAUUACCAUUGCAACAAUGGAUGUAAUUGAUAAGAAAGAUGAUUUAAAGAUCGAAACCUUUCUUGAUGAUAGUGAUGAUGGAUAUCACACACCCCCCACCAAUAUUACGACGAACACAUUUACAACACCAAAUAAAUCACGUACAAAGGAUAUGAUUAAUGAGAUAAAAAAUAGUGUUAAAAUAACAAUACCACGUUAUGAUCGGCAAUUAUUUUGA